UUCCAUCUUCACGCCGCCGUAAAACCCUUGGAGAAGAAAAAAAAUGAGUGCGAAUCAGAGACCCAGACCGAGUGAAGAAACCGACUCAUCUGACGAGUCAGGAAUUCUCAACGAACGAGUUCUCGUCCUCGUUUUCGAGUUUCUCAAAUGGGACAUCCAUUCUCUCUGCCAAACGGCGUCGGUUAGCCGCCGGCUUCGAGCUAUUUCAAAACGAAUCCUCUGGAAAAACCUCUGUUUCUACCGGGCGCCGCGGAUGGUGGGCGCAUUGACGGGUCAAGUCAGCUCGAAUGUCCGAAUCGGAGGCGGAUGGCCGGCUUUGGCUAAGCUGCUUUAUUUCUGUUGCGGCUGUCAAUCGACUAGGAAUUUCCCUAUCAACGAACAGUUACCGGGUCAUUUUGUGAACGCGACCCGGUUUUCGAAAACAUCGGGUCAGAGUUUUUUGACGAAGAAGUGCAGGGGAGAUCUUUUAUAUGUAAGUGAUCCGUGCGAGCAUCCUCCGACGGGGGCGAGAGAGGAUGAUUUGGGGAUUUACAGAGGGGUAUUUCGGGGAUUUAAUAGAUCUAGGACUAGAGCUUGUUUGAUAUCGAGACAGGUAGCUUUAGAGGAGAGUACCCGAUGCCCGUAUUGUAGGGUUCGGGUUUGGAGCAUGACGGCAGCCCGACUUAUACCCAGGAGCGCCGCUAAGAGACUCGGGUCGGACGGGGGAUUGGAGUAUUUUGUUUGUCUUAACGGUCACUUUUACGGGGCAUGCUGGUUGGUACCACUUUCAUCGGAGGAGGAGGAAGAGGAGGAUGAUGAAGAAGUGUGAAUUAAUUAAGGGAAUGAUGACUAUUUAUUUAUUUUUAUUUUUUUAUAUAUUUAUGUCGUUGUCUCUUCCUGCAUUUAGAAGAACAAUAAUGAAAUUUUGUUUGAAUUAUGAUGAUGAGAUUGAUUAAUUAUGUUACUAAAGCUUUUUAGCUAAGGUAACUAAUUUUGUUGCAAACAAUCCCGACAGUAUGAUGAUUUUGACGCA